UUCUCCCUUCUCUCUCCCUGUCAUCUUUUUCGCUCCUUCUUUCUUCUGUAGCAAAGUUGAAAAAAGUUGUCAGAGGCCGCGCAAGUAUUGUUCGCGCCUUGAAUGUCAGAAUGCCGGUUAGGGUUGAAAUUGUCCCUCCUCCCCCAGCUAAUUCCAAACAGCCUGGCGUGACAAAGUCUCUCCUUUACAACGGAUCUCGUUUUCAAGGAUCACAGAAGUCAAAAGGGAAUAGCUACGAGGUCGAAGUUGUUUUGCAGCAUGUUGAUGAAGAAAACUCCUACCUUUGUGGGUAUCUUGGGAUCAAAGGACUAACUGAAGAAUUCCCCACUCUCACAACAUUUUUUGACGGUGAAAUCAUUAGCAAAAAGUACCCAUUUCUCACUAGAAAAUGGGACGCAGAUGAAGAUGUGGACAAGAAACAUUGGAGUAAGUUUGGCUCUUUCCAUCAGUAUGCCAAAACUUUCAAUUCGGAUACUUUCAGCUACGAUAAUUUGAAAGAGACAGAUUAUGUUUUCAUGAGGUGGAAGGAACAUUUUCUAGUGCCAGAUCAUACAAUUAAGGAUAUCAGUGGAGCUUCGUUCGCAGGAUUCUAUUAUAUUUGCUUCCACAAGUCGGCUGCGACUAUUGAAGGCUACUAUUAUCACAGAAGUUCAGAAUGGUAUCAGUCGUUAACACUGAGCCAUGUGCCAGAGCAUAGUAUUCAAAUAUAUGAGUUUAGGUGAGAUUUGUUGUGCCAUGCAUCAAAAAAUAAGUCUGAUUUUAUUUUGAUUUUUUUUUUUUAUUUAAAAAUGAGGGAUGUUUGCAAUGAGAUCAGGUCUGUUAACCAGAAUAUGUCAAUAUGUACGUUUUUACAUAUUUAAUGAAGUUGUAUAUUUUCAUUUUCUUUUUUGUAUAUUUUCUCUUCAAUGCUUUAGUGCAAGAAUGAGCUGCACCUUUUUUUUUUUUUUUUGAAAAACGUUAUUUGUGAUCUUGUAUGUUUGUUUUUUUAAACAAAUUAAUAUAAGUACGUAAUGUGAUUGCAAUAUU